AUGCCAGGUGAUAAACAUUCCUCUGCGCCGUCCACCUCACUGCAAAAGGCAGAUUCGAGAGGUGCAAUUCCAGUAGAAGCGACUCAUGAUGAGCCUUCCAGUUCUCCGUGGUGGUCUUUUGGGCUAAUUUCCGCUGCUGCGGCUGCCGCUGCUGCAGUGACCGGAGGGAGUGCGACAAAUGCAGGAACAUCUCCUGAAGAGGCAUCUGGCGAUGACGCCCCAGGUGCAGCAGGAGCAGCCGAAGGAGCAGCUGAAUCAGAAGGGGAGGCAGCACAAGCAACAGAAGACGAUGGGGGGGGUGGCACUGUGCGGUUUCAUCCGGAGGCCACACAGGGGGGUAAGGGGACGGGGAGGCGACGGCGGAUGCAAGAGGACGCAGUUGCCAAUAUGGGCUUUGUGGAGCUCGUUGAGAAUCUGUUGCUGACGCAUGACAGCAGCAACAGAAGGGGAUUUAGGAGCAGCAGCAUAGGAAGCAUCGUGACGGAGGUUAGUAGUGAGCCGGACAGCGACGCCGAUUCAGGAUACCUGCGCGCUGAGCAGGGUGGAGAGGAAGAGAUCGGCUGGGAGUGGGAGGCGGAGGAGAUUUCCGCUUUUGCUUUGCAAAUCCACGCGAAGAUGCGCCAACAGUUGGAGCAGGAGGCUGCAUUUGUGGAAAUAGGCUUUAAGAGCGGCAUCGCCCUCAUGACCGGGGCACUUGCCAUUGAGGAUGACACGAAAAUGCAGUUACACGAGGGUCGUCUUGCUGGCUUGGGUUUGACGCCCUUGGAUGAUGAGACAGAGACAAACGUGGAGAGGAUGGACCUUGGCAUGCUGCUGACCCUCACACCAGAUAACUACGAACAGUGGCGUGACUUCUCGGCUCCGCCUCAGCCCGUGCUGAGGUUCCAGUCAAAUAAUCGCCAGCCCAACA